AUGGAGCAGACAACGGCCGCUAGCACUGAGGGUGUUUCCAGUGAUGGUGGCGAUGAUGCCAAAAGUCGACGUUCAGGCCCGGCGGAAAUACGGCCCAAGACUAAGCCGGUGCCAUCUAAAGCACCGGAGGCGUGGCGGGUGUAUGUGGAUGACCACGGCAACGAGUGCGCAAAACCCAGGAGUCGGCGGAUUGACGCAGAUGAGUUUUCGUCUCACCUUGAAGCCUCGUUGCCGUCCCCCCAGCUCCCCUCCGGUACAUCUAGCCGAGCUCCAACCGACAGCGACGAGGAGGCACAUGUCUCCCAGGGCUCACCGGCGGGGUACGAAACGCCCCUAUUUCAUGAACCCAUCUCCACGAUCGCUGGCCGGUCUGGGUACUUCAAGACGGCUUCACGACAAGCAUCCAUGGAGGCCAGACCAAACCUUGCGCGAUUCCUCUACAAGGGCCGCAACCCAUCCACUCAUGCUAGACAGGCACCGCCGUACCAAUCAGGCGGCCCUAACCCGCCCCAAAUAGCGAAGACGCCGGCCGGUAAGAAGAGGGCCGAGGCAAAGAGCGCGGGGGGGAGGAAGAAGGGUAGGGCUACUAAGACGCGGAAAGAGCAAAGCAUCCGCGCGAGGAGUGGGUUUGCGCGCGCUGUUGAACACUUUAGGCAGAAGAGAGGCGAAGGCGAUAGAGGGGUAUGA